UUUUUAAUCACGUCAGUCAGGCAUAUUUCUUUCGUCCGACAUCGCUUGGAGUAAAACGUUCUUUCUGGAUAUUUCUGUGAAAGAAACUCCGUCAGGAUGGGUCGUAUGCACUCCCACGGAAAGGGUAUAUCCCAGUCUGCCCUUCCCUACCGACGAAGUGUACCAACUUGGUUGAAGUUGACGCCAGAAGAUUGCAAAGAACUUAUUUACAAGCUAGCGAAAAAGGGACAUACACCAUCACAAAUUGGUGUUAUACUUCGAGACUCCCACGGUGUGGCUCAAGUGCGAUUUCGCACAGGAAACAAGAUUCUGCGUAUCGUGAAGAGUAUGGGUCUGGCCCCGGAUCUACCGGAAGAUCUGUACUAUUUGAUCAAAAAGGCUGUUGCUGUACGAAAGCACUUGGAACGAAACAGGAAAGACAAGGACAGCAAGUUCCGCUUGAUUUUGGUCGAGUCGAGAAUUCACAGAUUGGCACGUUAUUAUAAAACAAAAGGAUCCCUGCCACCGAACUGGAAAUACGAAAGUUCGACGGCUAGCGCUCUUGUGGCGUAAUUUUAUCACAUUUAUGUUUUAUUAUAAAAAUAAAAGAAAAUAACACAAUUA